GAUGAAGCGGGUUUCGCGCUAGAAGGAAGCGGACUAGCACCUGCGGGCGGCCGUGACCGCCAUAGCCAAAUUGACCGCGUACCUUACACCGAAUCGUAAUCGCGAUGCAUCAAAAGGCCAACGUAGUCCUCGAAAUACGAUAACAUAUACUCCUCUCGGCCGCCAGGUCACGUACCAGACACAGACGUGGCAAUGGCAGCCGAGCCCCUCUCUCCGAUGGACUUCAUCGCCCCUGCGCGCAUCAAAGCGCAGCUCCUCCCAGUUGGUCGCAUCAGGCGUUCGCGCUUUUUGUCGUUCGUCGACCUUCUACGACAGCAAUCUCUUGUUCGGCUUGGAGAUGUUAGCCCUGACGCUCGGCCAGACAGGAAUAUGUUCUCUCCUCUAGCAUUUCCCAAUGGAACACUUUUGUAUGACCUGUCAACAUCACUGCCUUCAGCUUCACAGUUGUCACUAUCGCCAUUUGAACAAUUUCGGGAGCCUCUUCUCGUGAUUGGCAUUGCAGAUGCUGCAGAAUACCCAUGGCUUGAUGGGUCACGUGCCGAAGAGAGCGACUCUGUCGAGCCAGCAGCCGAUGAUGGGGACGUGCAGGAACUGAGUUCAACAGCCGAAGAUCUGCGAGAUCAGUUUCCGAAAGCUUAUUAUCACUGUAUUAUGGCAUUCGAAUCGACGUCCCAAUCUCGACAUGCACGAUUGCCAGAAGAAACGCUACUAGUACCUCCCAUGGCACAGCUGAAGACGACGACCCUGAAGACCAUCAUGUGCGAUCUGACUUCAACACUGUUGGCAGAGAUGACAACACUCGCCAGAUCGAUGCAGGCUUUGCCGACAAUAGCUUCACCUGCCUCGCAUAGUGGAUCAGUCGACAAUGCUCCAAGCUGGGCUAGUCCAGAGUCGGGCACAGCGCAGUUCUCGAGGCGGGCCUCACAGACGCCCACAGCGAGUAGACCUGAGUCACCCGUCUCUGGAGCACAACAUAAAGACUUGCAUCGCAUGUCGAUGCCCGUGUUGCCCUCGUCUGGUGGCCCAGUGUCGACAGAAGAUUCUAGAGCCGGCUCACCCUCUACUCAGGGAAUGCGCACACCUCCAACUACCUUCGAUGAGAUAUCUGGUGUGAACAAUCCGACUUCCCCACCUCGGAACACUUCCACUGCAACGAAAACCCGGGAUGCCAGCGCUGACAGAGUGUCUAUCCAAGGGUUUGGGUCUGGUGGAGUGGGUGAACGCGCGCGGAACAAAGGACGUGGCCGAGUGAGCAUCGUGAUUGGUUCUCUGUACAUGUGCGCGGGACAUUGGCACGAAGCUUUGAGAGAACUUGUUGAUGGCGCCACCAGAGCUCGAGCUUACAGCGAUCAUCUUUGGCAAGCCAAAGCCCUGGAGAACAUCAUGGUGUGUCUCCUGUUGUUUGCAUGGUCAGGCAUGGAUUUUCAGAUACCUCAAAUCUGCUUUCCCAUCUACGACAAGUCGUCUUCCAAGUCACCUGACCACACACCAUCGAAUAGCGUGUCUGACAUGACUGCAUCAGGCAGGUCCUCCAGUCAUGAGGUAGCACUCGAAAGCCUCAAUCAUCUCCUUCCGGACCUGGUCAACAUGAUACUGAACAUGUACAGCCGCGCGGCCAACUUUGCAGGCGAAGCCAUGCCACCACUGGCACUUUCAGAGUGUGUCAUUAGAUUUUCGAAGCUUCUGGCUGCUAUGAACCUUUCUGCUGGGUAUCUAGAUUACGAUUCUCUGCAGCACCUGGUUCGAAACACGCCCUACGUGCAAAAACCAAGGCUGUCAGUCCCUCGAUUGAGCGUGCAUCCUACCCGAAAUGACAUCGCGACGAUGCUGUUCCGGGCUCUACCUGGCCCUGUUGAGACCUCUGGCAUGAACCCCACAGAUCGAGUUCUUGUACUAGCGGGCGUUGCGUCUGUUCUAUCCUCUUUAGGCUUGCAGCGCAAGAAGGCGAUCGUUAUGAAGGAGUUCAUAACAUCGUUGAUACCAGGCCUUGUGCAGGCUCGAAAGAUUGGAGCAGCAGAGAUGGGAGUGCACCCUGCUGCUGGCCUUGCUGCGCUCAACAUGGUCGGCGGACACCCUUCCGGCGCUGGAGCUCUCAAUCUGGGAGAAGCCGAAGUCGAGAACGGCAUUGAUGAGUUUCUUGGCUUGCUUGGCCGAAUAUAUGGAAUUCCCAACUCGAAGGGAUCUUUCUUCGACGUACCAGUCCCAGGGACUCUGGAUGCCACCCACGAUGCUACCAGCCAGCGGCUGAUAGAUCAUAUCUUGAAGAUAUCAGCACUGAAAUCAUUCGGCAGCCUGAGCCUGAAAUUGGAAGUCUUGCGGAUGUGUCUCAAUUUUUGCGAGGCUUUGCCGGACUUUAACGGGGUACUCCACUUUACCGCUCUGUUGCUCCGCGUAGCAGGGCCCGGAACAGCUCCAAGACCGAACAGUACCGACGUCUUUGUAUCACUUCCGCGAGAAGAGCAAGUCAGGCUGUUCUCAAACAUCUCCCGCGCGGUGACGGCAGCGAACAAGCUUGGCCUUGAACAUAUGGAGACUGAGUACUGGGACGACUUCCUACUCCGUGGACUUUUCAUUCUGGAAGAGCCAUUGCCUCUGCGACUGACCCAGCACCGCCCUGCAGAGCUCCAGCUAGCCAAGUUGGAAAAGGACGGUCCUUUCCUUCACAACCCUUGGCUUAAGAAGCCGCAGACUGGCGCAUCAGAGACUAUACUUGUCGCCAACGAGGACUAUCGCUAUGUUUUGGCAUUACAGAACCCGUACGACUUUGAGCUGGAAGUGCAGUCUCUGAGAAUUGCCGCGGAUGGCGUAAAGUUCGUCGGUAAGGAAGAGCACUUCCUACUUGGCCCUUACAGAACACAGAAGUUCCAGAUCACUGGCCGAGCGCUCUCAUCUGGAUCAAUGAAGAUCAUCGGGUGCUACAUCAAAGUCAUUGGUUGCCGGGAGCGCCUGUUCCCCAUCUUCCCGCAGCCAUGGAGACCAACGAGGGAAUUAAAAAUGAAACGGAUAGGCCUCAAAGCAUGUUUGGGCGCACCGGCCACUCGACCGUCAACAGCGAUCGAUCCUACAAUCGCACGAAAGGCAUCAUCCGCACCACAGCCGGAGACUCUGACCUUCAACGUCAUCCCCGAGCAACCGAUCGUUACAUUUUCUAAAGUAUCAUUGCCUCAGUCAGCACUCAUGGUUCUCGAAGGGGAACGCAAACAGUUCACAGUGACAGUCAAGAAUACAUCAAUGACAACAGCGGUGGACUUUGUCAACAUCAGUUUCCAGGACUCUGCGACGACAGCAAUGCAAGCCGCCCUCACCGAGAAGGGGCUGCCUGCAGCUGAGCUGCACGAACUGGAGACACAACUUGCCUACUUUCCAGCAUUGCGUUGGUGCAGGAAUAACGAAGAGGAAACCUUUAACAUUGCACCUGGAGCUGAGGCAGACUUCACUGUCGAAGUGGUCGGUCGCACACGUUUGACAGACGCAGUCAUCCAGAUCAAUUAUGCUCACCUCGGCAAGCGACGAUCUGAAGUGCAGGAUCGCUUCUUCACUCGACAAGUAUCAGUGCCCAUCUCAAUCACUGUCAACGCAAGCGUCCAGCUCCAACGACCAGACAUCUUACCGCUCUCCGACGACUUUGCGUGGUCCAGUCGUAACGCUUCGCCCAACAACACCUCAACAUUGCCAUCAGCCACCAUACUCAACAAGAAUAGCACCCACUACCAGACCUUCUUCCAACACAUGCGCACCCUCGGUCACGACUCCGAAUACUGUCUUCUCCUACUCGACCUGCGCAACUCCUGGCCCAACCCCCUCACCACCACCGUUCAAGUGCGCCCACCGCCGACCCUUACCCCUGAUAUCGACAGCUGGGAGCACGCCUACACUGUAACCGAAGUCAUCCAACCCGGGCACGUGCACCGCCUCGCCAUCGUGCUCCCGCGCCUCUACAUCGCCGAUCCGCACGCCGCGGUUCCAUUGCUCAACCCCGCAAACCAGCGGCAGUUCGUAGUCAGCACUAGCAAAAUCAGUCCCGAGACGGAGCGCGCCAGCCGCGAGUCAUUCUGGUUCCGCCAUCACAUGCUGCAAUUCGUGCGCGGGAGCUGGACCGAAGAAGGAAGCGGCCGCCACGGCGAGAUAGAACUGCGCGGCCUGCGGCUCAACUUGCGCAUGGUUGAAGCGAUCAGGCUGGACGACGUGGCGAUUGAGAUGCGCCUGACGCGCGACGGAGACGAAGAUGGAGACGGAGAUGAAGAUGCCCAAAGUCUCCAAGUGGCGCAACUCACGCACCACACCUUCAGCGCCCCAACCGACACCUUCCUGCGCCUCGUCACCACAGUCCGGAACCGCAGUCUUACUCCCAUCGCGCCCAUUCUGCGUCUGCAGCCCUACCUCGCAGGGCUGCCGCACAACCUCGCGCUCGACCUGGACAAGCGACUAUCCUGGACCGGCGUGCUGCAAGCCAAGCUGCCUCCGAUACGCGCGGGCGGGGUGGUCGAGUCUGAGCUGGGGCUUGUGGCGCUGUGUGCGGGCACGUUUGAGGUCGGGGCUACGAUUGAUGAGGCUGAGAUUGUGGAGCAUGGCGUGGGGGCUAGGGGGGAGGGCGCGAGGCCUAGGAGUAAUACGCAGAUGCUGUUGCAGGGGGGUGAUGUGUUGGGGGAGCCGAAGUUGAGGAGUUGGCAUGCGAGGGAGCCGUGUGUUAUUAUUGCGAGGCGAGGAGUGUGAGGGGUGUGUAGAGGAUGUUGUCAAUUGAGAAAUAAAUGUGGUAGUAGAUAUCCAUGGAUUUCUAUGAUGCUACUUUAGUGUUGGACGGACUACUAAACUGAGACAUGACCGGCAAUGGUUGCGCGCUUAUGCUACGUCAAGCUGAUCUGCAACAAUCAGUGGAUAUGUAAGUUAUUAAGCCGGUGGGCUCCAACGGUCGCGAAUCCGAAGUGCCAGCUGCUUCAAACCGAUGCGAAU